UCAGCAGUAUUUGAUGACUGCAGGAAAGAGGAAGAAUGGAAGAUAAUUCUUUUAGACGAUUACACUACUAAAUUGCUGUCACUGUGCUGCAAAAUGACUGAUCUGCUGGCAGAGGGUAUCACAGUGGUGGAGAAUGUGUACAAACGCCGCGAGCCUGUCCCACACAUGAAGGCAAUAUAUUUAAUAACUCCCACCAAGAAGUCUGUAGAUGGACUUAUUGAUGACUUCAUCACUAAAUCAUCCAGCAGAUACAAAGCAGCAUAUGUGUAUUUCACUGACUUUUGCCCUGACAACCUCUUCAAUAAAAUUAAGUCCUCGUGUGCUAAAUCAAUAAGGAGAUGCAAGGAGAUCAACAUUUCCUUCUUCCCUUAUGAGUCUCAGGUGUUUACUCUCAAUGUCCCAGAUGCAUUCUACCGCUGUUAUAGCCCAACUCUGGAAAAGUCAAAGGAUAAAGACACUGUAAUGCAAGUAAUGGCUGAACAAAUAGUUACCUUAUGUGCCACACUGGAGGAGAAUCCAGGAGUACGGUAUAAAAGCGGACCAUCUGAUAGAGCCUGCAAACUUGCACAGCUUGUUGAAAGAAAUCUUGAAAACUACUACAAAACAGAUGAGAAAAGCCAAAUAAAGGCUAAAACUCACUCCCAGCUCAUCAUCAUUGAUCGUGCCUUUGACCCAGUAUCAACUGUACUGCAUGAACUCACCUUCCAGGCAAUGGCAUAUGAUCUGCUACCCAUUGAAAAUGAUACUUACAAAUUCAAAACAGAAGGAUCUGCUGGGAAGGAACGCGAGGCAGUUUUGGAGGAAGACGAUGACCUCUGGGUGAAGAUGCGGCACAAACAUAUCGCAGAUGUGAUAGAGGAACUACCAAAACUUUUGAAAGAAAUUUCAUCAAAGAAAAAAGAAGCAGAUGGAAAAUUAACACUGUCUGCUCUGUCCCAGUUAAUGAAAAAGAUGCCACAGUAUCGUAAAGAGAUUAGUAAGCAAGUUGUUCAUCUUAACAUAGCAGAAGAUUGCAUGAGCAAGUUCAAAUCUAACAUAGAAAGGCUCUGUAAAAUUGAACAGGACUUGGCUCUUGGAACUGAUGCCGAAGGUCAAAAAGUGAAAGACUCUAUGAGGGUCCUCCUUCCAGUUCUGCUCAACAAAAGUCAUGAGAGCUAUGACAAAAUUAGAGCUAUUCUCCUGUAUAUCUUUAGCACAAAUGGUACUACCCAGGAGAACUUGGACAAGCUGAUCCAGAAUGUACAAAUAGAAAGUGAUAGUGAUAUGAUAAAAAAUUGGAAAUACCUUGACGUUCCUGUUAUCUCUUCAUCUGCAGCUCAGCAGUAUCAAUACCCCAGAAGGGACCGUUCUUCAGAAGAAACCUUUCAGCUUUCUAGGUGGACACCUGUUAUCAAAGACAUUAUGCAGGACGCUAUAGAAAACAAACUAGAUUCAAAAGACUGGCCUUAUAGUUCCCGGUGUCCUCCCACCUGGAAUGGCUCAGGAGCAGUAAGUGCACGGCAGAAACCUCGAGCGAGUUACCGAGAGGAGCGCAAGCGCAGUGCCAGGCUCAUCCUCUUCGUCAUUGGGGGCAUUACAUACUCCGAGAUGCGAAGUGCUUAUGAGGUGUCUGAAGCCUACAAGUCCUGUGAAGUUAUUAUUGGUUCUACUCAUAUUUUGACACCUAGAAGACUACUGGAUGAAGUGAAGAGCCUUAGUAAACCCAAGGAUAUGGUCUGCAUUAAGGAUGAAUAGAUAUGGUGAUGUUUAUGAUGCAUUA